AUGAUAUUGGGACACUGGCUUUUCAGUGCCAUCAUGGUUUCCAGCCACUACUUGGUUUUGCUUCUCUGCUUUUUGCUGCUGCUUCCUCUUUUGCCAGCUGCAGUCUUCUUAAAGCAGGAGCAGGCAAACAGCUUGCUGAAAAGACAAAGAAGAGCGAAUAGCUUCUUUGAAGAGUUAAAAAUAGGAUCGCUACAACGGGAGUGCUUUGAAGAAGUGUGUUCAUAUGAGGAAGCCAGAGAAAUCUUCCAAGAUGUUAAAAGGACAAUGGAAUUCUGGCAGAAUUAUGUUGAUGCCAAUCAGUGUGACUCUAACCCCUGUCAGAAUGGUGGGACAUGUGUUGACCAAUUUCAGGCUUAUGUUUGCCUUUGCCCUGAGGAGUAUAAGGGCAAAAACUGUGAAAAAGGUCUGAUUGACAAACCGACGUGCAUUAAUGAAAAUGGUCACUGUGAACAUUAUUGCAUUGACAGUCCAACCAUGAUACGACAAUGCUUUUGUGCAGAGGGUUACGUACUAGCAAGUGAUGAAGUGUCCUGUACUCCCCAAGUGGAUUACCCAUGUGGGAAAAUACCUGUUUUGGCAAAGCAAAACACAACUCAGCGGGGGAGAAUUGUAGGUGGUUAUGUCUGUCCUCCAGGUGAAUGUCCGUGGCAGGCUCUGCUAAUAGAGAAUGAGAAACCAAAGUGUGGGGGUUCCCUGGUGGGACCGAGCUGGGUGGUUACUGCCGCUCACUGCUUAGAGAACACACAUCCCAAACAGCUCCGAGUAAAACUGGGUGAACACAUAAUAGAUCAUGAGGAUGAAGGGGAGCAAGAAAGGAAGGUUUCUGAAAUCAUAAUUCAUGAAAAAUAUAUUCCACGAACAACUGACCAUGACAUUGCCUUGCUGCGCCUGGAGGCGCCUGUUAACUUCAGUGAUUAUGUGGUACCGAUAUGUUUGCCCGAGAAACAGUUUGCAACGUCUGAGCUGUCCUCCAUUAGGUUCUCCACAGUGAGUGGUUGGGGGCGUCUAAUAGAAGGAGGUGCUACUGCUGCUGUUCUUAUGAGAGUUGAUGUUCCACGUGUAAAGACACAAGAGUGUAUACGUGAGGCCAACUUAACUAUUACAGAGAACAUGUUCUGUGCAGGAGACCUCAGUGGGACUAAAGACUCCUGCAAGGGGGACAGUGGCGGACCUCAUGCCACAAAGUACAACACCACCUGGUUUCUGACAGGGAUUGUCAGCUGGGGGAAGGGGUGUGCUACCAAAGGCACUUACGGGGUUUACACAAGGGUGUCUAAAUAUCUCGAAUGGUUAAACAAUCACAUGGAUUCAUAA